AUGGAUGAAAGAAAAUAUAGUUCAUUUAAUUUGCCAAUUCCCCACUUCCCCAUAAAUAUUUUGUUUGAGACAAAUGAAUAUGAUUUUUAUAAACUAAAGAAUGGGGAAGAAAAUGAUAAAAAGAGGGAUCAUGAAAAAAAACAAACAAAAAAUAAAAAACAAAAUGACGAUUUUGAAAGUGCAAUAAAUGAAAACGAAAGUGAAAGUGAAAAUGAGAAACUGUUUAUGAAAUAUCUCAAAAAUAUUGCUGGAGAAAAUAAGGAUAAUAACAACCAAACUGGCAAUAUACCCAUAAUAAGUAGUAGCAAUACACAUAGCAGUAGUAAUACCCAUGGCAAUAGUAAUAAUUUUCCAAAUGAGGAUAUAGAAAAUGAUAACGAGUUAAAUGAUAUUACUCAAAAAGAAUCUCCUUUUUCAAUAAUCGAUUCUAUUGAUACAGUAAUAACAAAUAAAAAUGAAAUAAAAAAAAAUAUUCAUCUUUUUGAAAAAUUUGAUAAUAUUCAUAUAAAAGAGGAACUAAAAAUGGAAUGGAUAUAUCAUACAACUCCAAAGACAUUUACACCUAAAAUUGUUGACAUUAACAAAUUUGAAGAAGAAUGUAAAAAAAUAAAUGAAAGACUUAAAAUGGGACAUUAUUCCAAAGAUAUAAAAGAAGUGGAAAAUUUUUGUGAAGAAGAGAAAAAAGAGGAAAAUGAAGAUGUCUCAUUAGUUAAUAUAAAAAAUUGUGAAAAUAAUGAUAAAAUAAAAAAUAAAUUUUAUAAAUAUUUAAUAAAAGUAUUAUUAUCAGGUGUACGUAGUCCAAACGUUAGCGAAAUUAUUAAUCAUGUAGUUUAUUAUAAUUGUAAUAAUUGGCAACAUAAAAUUGAUUUGAAUGUAUUAAAAAAAGUAGCAAAUAAUUCUAAAAAAAGAAAAGUAUUGAAUAGAACAAAAUGUUAUUUAGAUUGGUUACCAAAAAUAGAAGAUAAUACAUUUAGUAAAUAUCAGAUUAUAGCAAAAUUAAAAAAAAAAACAAUAUCUAAAACGUUUAAAUUGGUAUGUGAUUUUAAUAAUACUAUAUUAAAAUCGAUAUAUAUAAAUCAAAAUACUAUUGAUACAUUUUACACACAAGAACAAUAUUUAGUUUUAAAUACAAAACAAUUGAAAUGUCUUUCAUCUAGCAAUAUUUUUAUAAUUUCUGUUUCUUUUUAUCAUCCAAUUCGAGGUAUAAAAAUAGCAGAAUUUGAAAUAUUAUCAACACAGACAUUAGCUAAUUUAACCGACGUUUUUUUCUGCUUUGAUACUUCAAAUUAUGGUACUCCAAAAUUUUCAGGAUCUGUAUAUUAUAUUGAUGGUAUUCUAUAUCCAGAUGUAAGAGAUAAAGAUGCAUUAGAUUAUUCAACAUGCAUAAUUAAUUUUUAUAAAAAUCGAAAAAAUAUAUCUUCAUCUACUGGUUCAUCUAAUAGUUGUAAUAAUUUGGAUGAUUUUCUUAAACCUCCAUAUAAAAUAUACCAAGAUAAAGCAGUUCUUAAAGAUAUACAAAUUCCUUUAUACAAAAAAUGCUGUUUUUUGCAUCAAGGGAAUUGUGAACAUAGAAUUAUUUUUAGUAAUGUAAGACAAUAUAAUAAAUUUAGAGAUAAAGAUAUUUCUCAAUAUCCAAUUCGAACUUUUAAACCAAACAUUGCAACAAAAUAUUGUAUAUGUUGUCACAAAAAUGUAGCACAAAAAAUUAUUAUAGAUAGUUAUUUAUUCAAAGAAAACCCAUCAUAUGUAUGUGAUGGUUGUUUCGAAUUGUUUUUGUUAGACUCAAAUGGAAAACCAGUUGAUGAUAUGAUGAAGCAUUUUCAAUAUAUCAACGACAUUUGA